UUUUUUCCUACAAUGGGAGUCAAAGGGGACGAGAUCUGUGUGGUUAUAAGCAUUCUUCCAAAUAUCACAUUUUUAUACAGAUUUGGAACAACUCGAAGAAAUGAACUGCGCACACCUUGUGUUCUACGUCACGAUUUCUCUUGAUACGACGGUCAUGGUGUUUUGCUCCACUGGCUCGUUUAAAGUGCAAGUGUAUGACAGACAGAGAAUAACUUCACUUUCAACAUCUGUGCUGGUGAAGAUGGAUGUCUUGGAACCUUCGGGAGACCCAGAAGGGGGAGGUAGUGAUGACUUAACAGGGCGAAAGAAGCCUGGGUUAAAGUCCUUAAAGUCACGGCUGUUCGGGAAGAUAAAGAGAAAAGAUGAUGAUGGCAGCAUGAAGCAGACUCAGUCUGAAAGUGACAUCACAUUGGGUGCUAAAAACUCACAGCAUGAGCACUCCCAAGGCAUGCUGGGAUCCCGUGCAUUGUCACAUGAUAGCAUUUUCCUGGCAGAAGACUGUCAUUUAGACCCUGAGCCACCAAGAGGUCUGUCUCAUGAGAACAUUCAUGGGAAAAUUCAAGCACUACAGAUGAAACUCCAGAAGCAGAAGAUGCAUUUAGGUCCGCAGCCCCUGCUGUUGCCCAUUAAACGUCAUGAACACAUAGGUGCAGGUUCAGAGGAGGACGGGCUUCAUCGACUGUCCAUGAGCAUACCGAACAAGGUGUCGUCCCGGCCACUCUCCCCACGACCCAUUAGCCCAGUAUCUUCACCCAUCUCCCCAUUUGCCCCAAGCUCAGGAGUGGACUUAAGCAUUCCUCCCCAGCUCUCUUCCCUCCUCGACAACUCUGCUGCCCGUCACCGUAUGUCUAUUAAACCUAAGAACCAACGAGCAAGUGCCAAGAACAAGAGAACAGUCACCACGGCUGAAAACAGAGCACAAUCUGAGAGUAUGAACAACUUGGAACAUUCAUUGACUGACAGAGAGGAAGGAUUGCUAGCUAAAGAGUCUACCCAUAUUCGCUCAUAUUCCUCUAAGGUCUUACGCCCAGGGGACAAGCAAACUGCUACACAAAGGAAGAGCACCCCUCCAGUUUCACCUUUAAUGUCUCUACAGUGUCAUGAAGAAAGUAGACAAGUUUCAGCUGAAUCUGAGAAUGAGAGAAACCUCAUGUCCACAUCUCCUCAGAGCCCUGGCCUAACGGAGCCGAUUCCAGCUGAGACACCAAUCUCCACCACAAGACAAGAGGUUACAAAAGAAAGCAAAUGCCUUCCAAGAUCAGAUGAAGCCCAAGCUGCCAAACCUCCAAGCACAGUGCUGUCAAUUGACAGAAAAGGGAAAGGAGAUGUGUAUAGUUUCAGACUGCCUAGGAACAGCCAAAGCAGCCUUGUGUCAACUUUAGGGACACGUGUUGAGGCCACACAAAAAACAAGUAUUACCCAAGAUGAGAGGAAGUAUAAUGAUGUGGUAGUACAAAACAAAAUGGACACAUCAGGCAAAUGUAGUGUUCAGAAUGCAGGGAAUGUAGAAAAUCGCCAUUUCUCUACUCAAGCUCCAGCUAAUGUGAAUAGUGAAGUGAAUUUGAGACCAUCAUCUCUGAGAAGAAAUGCACCUUCUACAGAUAAAAAUUGUGAGUCAAAGAUCCUUCUGCCAGUCAUGACAGUGUCUACUGUCAGUCAGGAAGAACACAAGACAGAGUCCACAAAGUGGCAGAGACCACUAUCUGGAUCAUUCCACUUUACUGUCUCUUCAGACAAGAUUCAAGAGCGUCCAAGGACUGCAAGCUUUACUGGAGUAAUUGGACAGGCCAGACUGAGAAAAGAACCUCUGUCUCCUUCCAAACCACCUUUAACUUUCAACAUAAAGGGCCAACAAGCUGAGAAAUCAAAAACAGACUCAAGCUGUAACAUAUUACCGGAGUCGCAAAACGUAGGCAGAGCACCCAGCCAUCCAGUGAUACCAACAAAGUUUACCGAUCCAGCAACGAAUCACUCUCGAUCCCAGGAUAUUGAGGGCAAUCAGGACAACGGGAUGCACGAGCUUGGGGUAGAGGCUACAGAGGAAGAGGUACAGGAGGGAGUGGAGGAAGCAGAGGAGGCAGGAGAGAAUGUGACCGACAAUACUGAGGAAGGUAAAGAGAAAGACUCUUCAAAUGCAUUUGGAGUAAAGCUGCGUUCCACCUCUCUUUCACUAAAGUUCCGCCUGGACAAGGCACAGUCAGAUAUCAAAAUAAAUCAACAUAGUUCUGAGGUCUCCACGCUGUCUCCGCCCCUAGCCUUGUGGUCUAAUUUAACCAGUUUCGUGGAACGUGAGGACCAUCACACUAGCAUUGGCUUGAAACCCAAAGACCCUCCACUCCAAACCAAUGAGUCUUUCACAUCCAGUUGCUCACUCAAGGGUGUCUGUAAAGACAAGGAAAGACCUGCCCUACUUACACAGGCCGAACCUCCUCCGUCCUCAUCAGUACCCAGCAAAGCCACUAAGAAAGUACCUUUACUUCCUAAAGAAACUGCAGACUUGCCCCUAAAAGAGCCAAUUGCAGUCUCCUCUCAGGAGAAUGCAACAUCUACAACCUCUGAGUUAUCCUGGAUGGAGAUGGCAAGAGAGAAGACUAGAAGUCUACAACAGCUUUUUACUAGUAGACUGCCCGAGUUCCCUGGCUUGCAAACAACCACACGACCAACAACCUUGAACACAACACAACCACAAGCCCAAACAUCCACCUCCCAAGUUAAUGCAAGAACCACCCAAAACAUUACAAGCCAGCAGACGCAGCUUCAAUUGUGGCCUACAGACACGACUGCAAGAAAUAUGCCAUCUGCGCAGUCUUCAGAAAGAUCCACACAACAUAUGCAAACCAAUAGAACAAUGAGCCAACCUUCAGCCAUACAAACCUGUACAACCACCAGUCAAUCACAAGUUGACAGUACCAGAGAAGUCCUGUUUCAAUCCAAACCACAAAACAGUCAUUCAACACCAAAACCAACUCAGUCUUCAGUUACAAGCACAUCAAACACACAACCCACCACUCACACUAUACAUACAGCAAAACCAUUACAACCACAGACUCCACCCAUCCAACAGACAUCACCACUGCGUGUAGGACCCUUCCAAGCAUCACAUACCUUCACACAAUCUAUACAGUGUCCCACAACUUUUCCAGCUUACCCUUGCCUAUCAUCAAGCCCCAAAAUAACAUCCAACCUGAUGCCCCAACAAUCUGCCAAUACUGUCUCAAUGCAUCAACUCCAAAAUGAGGGCGGUGAGUCCUCCACAGCUGCAGGGAAAGCUGAUAGAAUAGUGGCUCAGGGGAAGGGCGCUGGAAUUGAGGAUGGUAAAUCAAUGUGGUCAGCAGGAUUGGGAAACAAGCCCCCACUGAUGCAACGAUGGGAAAACCAAUCUACUUCGGCAACCAAGGCAGGUGAGCAGAAAGACACACCAGAGUCCCAAGCCACAGCUCAGUCAACAGCUCCUCUCAGACCUAUCUCAAAGGUCUCAGGAACAGACAAAGGCAUAGACCUUAAUGCUUCAGUUUCGUCUGUCACUAUGAAGACAGGAGACAGAGAGGAUAAAUGCCAGAAGAAACCAGUGCUACCUUCAUCAUCACCAUCAUCUCCUCUGCAGUUCGUUCGUAACAGUGGCCAGCCAUCAUGGAUGGAACUGGCCAAACGGAAGUCACUGGCAUGGAGUGAUAAGACUAUGGACUAAAAUAAAACAGUGCUCAACAGUAGACAGGGAGAGCUCAACAGUAGAAAUAUUGAAAGGAUGCUGAGACUGUUUAUAAGAUUGGAAAGCAUUUUCAUGUUAAAGCAUCUAAUGAAGACCCAUGUCAAAACUGUCAUCUAUUUGUAAGUCAAACUGAACUGCGGUAGAGAGUGAUCCAGUGUGAUUUGGAAAUGAAGCACUAUUGUAAAUGUUGUUAACGACCGCAUAUUCAUCAGACAGUCUCUGUAAAACAGUGUAGGUACCAACAUUAUGGCACUGAAACAUAAAUAAAGUUUUAUGGUUAAAGGGAUAUUUCAAAGGCAAAACAAAAUUUCCAUGUUUUACUCACCCUCAAGGCAUCCUGACUGAAUGUGACUUUAUUCUUGAAGAAUAAUGCAGUGUUAUAAUACCACGUAUCAUUUUUCUUCCAAGCGGUAGAAUGGGAGUGAAUGGGGGCAAUUUUUUGAAUCUCCAAAAAGUGCAUCCAUUGAUCCAUCCAUCUUCAAGAGGAAAGUCAUAUUCAGUCAGGAUGCCUUGAGGGUGAGUAACACAUGGGGAAUUUUGUUUUGCUGGUGAAAUAAAGAGUAGCUGGUAGUGCUUGCAUGAACGUAUCUCACAAACACACCACAGAGUGGCACAACAGAACACAGUUGUGUGAAAGUAAACCAGAGGAGAAAAGGAAGGGGAAGAACCAAAUUGAGGUUGUGACUCAAAUAAAAGCACCUGAGUGAGAUCUCAGGAAUACAAUAAGAUUCUUAUCCACUUACAUUAGUGCAUUUUCAUCAUUUCUGAUGUUCACCACUUUGUAUCAUUGCUUUUACUAUGUUAAAAUAUGAAGUAAUUAUUCAACUACGAUUUAUUUCCCUUUCCAAUUACACAUUUUAUUUAUUCUAUUAUUGGAAUGUUAUUGUAUUUCACAAUAAAGAUGCAUUCAAUGACUUUGAGCUUGCUUUUGGAAAUAGAAUCUCCAUCUUUCAACAUCUGUGACCAAUAAGUUGUAUUACCAAAACCCUUAAAUUGGUAUUGUUUAGUAAUUGGUUAACAAUACCAAUAAAUAAACAAUAACAAUUUAAAAUGCAAAAAAACCACUAUCAGAAUAUACAGUAAUCAAGCUCACCUUGUUGCAUUUCUC